UACCCCUUGUGAUAACAAACUCACAGUCACAUGUACAGUGUCUACAGCCAUGUGUACACAGUCACAUACACAAUGUCUACAAUGUCUGAAUUGUGUACACAGUCACAUACACAAUGUUUACAGUGUCUACAGACAAGUCACAUACACAAUGUCUACAGACAUGAGUACACAGUCACAUACACAAUGUCUACACAGUGUCUACAGCCAUGUGUACACAGUCACAUAUACAGUGUCUACAGUCAUGUGUACACAGUCACAUAUACAAUGUCUACAAUGUCUGAAUUGUGUACACAGUCACAUACACAGUGUCUACAGCCAUGAGUACACAGUCACAUAUACAGUGUCUACAGUCAUGUGUACACAGUCACAUAUACAAUGUCUACAAUGUCUGAAUUGUGUACACAGUCACAUACACAGUGUCUACAGCCAUGAGUACACAGUCACAUACACAAUGUCUACAGUCAUGUGUACACAGUCACAUACACAAUGUCUACAAUGUCUGAAUUGUGUACACAGUCACAUACACAAUGUCUACACAGUGUCUACAGCCAUGAGUACAGUCACAUACACAGUGUCUACAGCCAUGAGUACAGUCACAUACACAAUGUCUACAGCCAUGUGUACACAGUCACAUACACAGUGUCUAGUCACAUACAGUCUACACAUGCACAUACUGUCUACAGUGACACUACACCUGAACAAUCUGUCUAUGGUUAUUCUAGAGGGAAAUAUUAACAGGAGCCUCGGAGCAAAGGGCAAUGUAUUUUCGUCCUU